CUCAAACAAAAAGCUGGUACAUCGCGAGGUGCUUGCCACAUCAGUUUAAGGCACUCUUCCACCACUCGGUCGAUGAAUGGCCUUCAAACAUCAUCUCCCACCCAUGUCCGAACACAAUGACAUAUCCCCUCCCCCUCCUACUCUAUACAGUAGGUACUAUAACCACACGCAUGAAUCAAACCCUGCGCCACAGCACAUGUCCAAAGGCAUAACACCAUGUCACCGUGAUUGGCGCGACUACUCUCCAAGGAUCUAUUCUGAGUGUCUGUUUACGCUCGCCCGGACUUCGGACUGACCUAUCAGAGUCCACACCCCGGAGAUAUUGAAACGGCUUUCCCCGAAACAGACUUUCGGCAAAAUGCCAGACAGGCCAACCGCACCACUCAAGCUCGGAUGGCGGACGCGCGGGAACGAUGGAAGGCAAAAUAAUGCCAUGCGGAGAUUUUAAUGGGUAGGUCGAUGGGAUUUUAGCUUGGCGGGUGGACGCGUGGGUGGAUCUUGGGGGUCCUGUGGCUUUGUGUGGUUGAGGAAGGUAUAUAUGCACUCACCGGCAUGUCCGGUGAUGGGUGUUCCGGUUGAUAUAACCUGUACAUUCGUUUUAUGUUCUUCUUCGAGUUAUCUCCGCAUUCGAGAGUCAUUUGACUGCGUUUGAGACGCAAGUUUUUUUUAUCAAGGGUGGAUUAGCUAUCUCACUCAUACUUUCUUUUUAUAUUUGCAAUUCGAUACCAAGAUGGGUUACGGGGGUUUUCUCACGCUGGUGAAUGGAUCACCCAAUGAUUGGACGGUGACGAGUUCGCCCUCAUACCAGAUGGAUCAGUGGAAAUGGCCCACCGUCAAAGCCAACACCGCCGAAAGGGUCUACGUAGAAUGGGGCACCAAGGGCAGUCAAAAGGACGACGCAGGGGAAGCCUACUACAAGAUCGGAGACAAAGGCGAAUUCGCCAUCCGGGGCAAGAAGCCUAACGACUUCAUGUUGACUAUUACCCUGGACAACCACGCCACUAAACAGAGCCCCAAGGGCUCGAAGAUCGACCUGGGAUUCCGCCACGAUGAGUCCGUUGACUGGAUCAUGAGCACUGAUGAAGCCGGCGACUGGUGGUCUAACAGCGGUGACUUGACCGAUUGGAUGCAACAGAGCAUGGGGUCGAUUGGGAAUAGAACGUUGAAGCAGAUUUGCAUGCCUGGUUCGCACGAUGCAGGCAUGUCUGAGUUUGAUCCUGGGACUAUUGGUGCUUCAUUCCAAAAUUCGCAAACACAGGUGCUGAAUAUCUAUGAUCAGCUCGUGGCUGGAUCGAGAUACUUUGAUCUGAGACCGGUAGUCUCUAACGGAGAAUGGAAGGCUGGUCACUACUCAGCACUUGGUGACAAGGUCUGGCUAGGUGGUAACGGCCUCAAGAUUUCGGAUGUGGUCAAGCAAGUAAAUGACUUCACGGCCAAAUACAAGGAGCUCGUCAUCAUCAACCUCUCACACACCCUCGACACAGACCACGAUUACAAAGACCUAUCCCAAGACCAAUGGAACAAGCUCUUCGACCUCCUGAAAGGCAUAAACAAACGCUACACCCUCACAUCCCCCGGCAAAACCGACCUCUCCAACAAAGUCCUCGAUGACUUCAUCGGCAAAGACGCAAGCGUGCUCAUCAUCUCGCAACUCCCGUCGGGCAUCAACCUCGGCUCCUACGCUGACCAAGGCUUCUACAACCAGGACAACCUCCCCUUCUACGACUCGUACGCCGAAUCCAACAGCAUCGAUAAAAUGCGCGACGACCAGCUCAAAAAGCUGAAAGACGAACGCAACCUCGUAGCCGACUCUUCAAAACGCAAAGACAAAUUCUUCGUCUUCUCGUGGACGCUGACCCAGGCACCCGAAGAUGUUCUGAACCCUGAAAAGGCGAUUUUGAACAUGGCGACGGAUGCGUAUGACGGGUUGUUUGUGGAGGCGUUUAAUGCGUUUACGCCAGAGUCGUUUCCGAAUGUGCUGUAUAUCGAUGCUGUGGGUGUGAGGGAUAAACCCAUUCCGUUCCCGUAUGAUAAAGUUAAGGCGGUGGAUAAGAACUACGAUAUUAGGAGCUUGGCGAUCGCGAUCAAUAACGCGAAGGCCGGGAGGAAUAAGUACAUUACGGAGCAGAAGUGA